AUGAACUGCAAAACUAAAAUCAAGUCAUUGCAAUUCGAAGUAAACAGUCAGAUCACUAAAAUUGGUGAUUAUAGUUUUUAUCAAACAAGUCUAGAAACAGUUGAUUUCAGUCAAUGUAAUUUACUUUUAAGUCUUGAACAAUAUGUAUUUUCUAAAUGUGAAAACUUGUCUUCUGUUACACUUCCUCCUAAUAUUAUAACAAUUGGAAGAGAAUGUUUCAGUAAUGAUAAGAAAUUAACUUCAAUCAUAUUACCAGAUUCAGUAGUAAUUCUUGAAAACUAUGCAUUUGAUAUGAGUGGACUUACAACUAUUACUAUUAAUCCAACUUCAAAAUUAGAAAAAAUAGAUUAUAUGUGCUUUUAUUGGACAAAUUUAAUAUCUCUAUACAUUCCACAAAAGGUAAAUAAACUUGAUUCAAGUGCAUUAGCUUUUACUAAAAUUGAACGAUUUGAAGUUCAUCCAUUGAAUAAUAUGUUUAAAACAGAUUCAAAAUCUCUUUACUCUGGGCCAAAUAAUUCAACUUUUUUUUGGUUUGCUGUAAUAACUCAAGCCGAAUUUGUUGUUCCCAGUUUUGUCACAUCAUUAGCAGAUUCCUGUUUUUGCGGAACUAAAAUUUCAUCUAUCAAACUUCCAGAUAGUAUCACUGAUUUAGGUGAUAGUGCUUUUUCUCAGUGUAUUAUAACUUCAAUUACUAUCCCUCCUAAAGUAUCAAUAAUUGGUUCAAGUUGCUUUAGUGGCUGUAACUAUCUAGAUGAGGUAAGAUUUUUAGGGAAUAUUUCAAAAAUAGAAGCUUUAGCAUUUAUAUCAUGCAAUAAAUUAAAAUCAAUUGAACUUCAAGAAUCUUUAGUGUCUAUUGGAUUUGGAGCAUUUGAUUAUUGCAAAUCGUUAACAAGUAUUAUUAUUCCUUCAAAUAUUUCAUUUAUUGAAAAUUCCGCAUUUGAAGGAUGCACUAAUCUAAAAAGCAUAACUUUCAAAGACAACAAUAAUAAUAUUACUAUUGGUCCCAAUAUAUUUAAAUCAAUUGCACCUUCAGCUAAAAUUUACAUUCCAGGAAAGUUUUUUGCGAAAACAACUUAUAAGAGCGAAUUACCACCUAAAAGUCACUUAUAUAUUACAAGUCAAACACGUUUAUCUGAAUCCUGCAAAAUAUUCUUUGGUGAAAAAUCCAUUUACGUUCAUUACAAUGACAAAGUUGAAAUAACAGAUGAUACAACGAACCAAGUUAUUAAACACAUCUCUCUUGCAAUAAUUGUACCAAAAUCUGUUAAAAAAGCUCGAUCCAGGUACUUCCAUCUCUACAAUAUCUUUAUUAGCAUUCGCAAAUAG